UUGAUGCCAUCGACAAUGGAAUUAAUCAAUAUGACACAGAUCAGCCACCAAAAUAUGUAAACAACACACUUGUCUUCACGAGUUGGCCGUUUAAAUCUGGAUUGGACAUAUCCAGAUCAGUCAUCUGAGAAGGAAAAUGAAGCCUUUCAACGUGCAAUGGAACUUGCCGGUGGUGAAUUAAUGGACAAUGUUCAGUUCCAUGCUUGGUCUUGGUUGCCUGCACGGUCUAUUGUUAUGGAUUGCUUAGCAGCAAGGCAUGAGAUUGAUUCCAGUGGAGAAAUUAUGGUCUUGAAGAAAUUCUGCCCUGGGAAGCUUCACUUGUUUGAGCUCGAGGAGGAAAUGAAGAUUGAGCCUUCCGUGAAAUAUGUUCUAUAUGAGGACGAGAGACGCAAGAAAUGGAGAGUCCAGAAAGUUGCAAUAGCUCCUGAUAGAUUCAAGAGCUGGAGGCCUCUUCCUUCCUCAUGGAGAGGUCUUAGAGAUUCUGAACUCCCCUAUGAAUCUGGCAUUCCUGGCUGUGUAUUUGUGCAUAUGAGUGGUUUCAUUGGAGGCAACAACACUUACGAAGGUGCUCUUGCCAUGGCAAAAGCUGCCUUGAGAUUAUGACCCUUAAAAAAGUGACUUUGGGUUCCAUGGAUUCAGCAAAUAACAGAGGCUCUUCAAUUUUGAAUGCAUUUAUUGGAUGAGUUUAAUUACAGCUCAAUGUGAUGACCUUGGUUUUUCAUCACAAACAGGACAAUUUUUUGUUAUUCUGAAGGCUAUCUCCUUCCAGGCUGUAUCAGGAUGUCAUUGGAUUGCUUCUAGGAAAGUAAUGGGGGUUCUAUUUCCUGUCCUUUGAUAUUUUUCCUGCACUAAUUAGUUAUCUUAUCCUUACUUGCGGCGUUUCUGUUUAAGUACUU